AUGAAGUCACUCUUUGCCUUAGUCUCAUGCGCCACCACGGCCUUGGCGGCUAGCCGCACCUCUGCCCCGGCUGGCUGCAUCACCGUCGGCUCAGGUGGUUACAGCACAAUCCAAGCUGCCGUGAACUCGCUAUCGACUUCAGCUUCUGGAACCCAGUGCAUCUUCAUCAGUCCCGGAACCUACAAGGAACAAGUCCUGGUCUCUGCCCGUAGCGCCCAGCUCACCAUCUACGGGUCCACCACGGACACGACCGGCUAUGCCGCCAACUCAGUCACCAUUACCGGCUCCAAGAGCCAGGCCGACGGUCUGAGCAACGACGAGACGGCCACGCUGCGGGUCAAGGCCGCCAACUUCAAGCUGUACAACGGCAGCCAGGCCGUCGCGCUUUCUGCGUACGCGGACUCGGGCUACUACGGCUCCGCCUUCACGGGAUACCAGGACACCCUGCUGGCAAACACGGGGAAGCAGCUGUACGCCGGCAACCUCAUCCAGGGAGCGACCGAUUUCAUUUUCGGGCAGAACGCAGCUGCGUGGUUUGAGGACAAUGACAUCAGGGUGGUGUCGGCCAGUCUCGGAUACAUUACUGCCAAUGGCCGGUCAUCCUCGAGCGGCACCUCCUACUACGUGUUCAACAACUGCGACGUGGCAGCUGCGUCCGGCAACAGCGUCAGCAACGGCGCGUACUACCUGGGGAGGCCGUGGGGCGAGUACGCCCGCGUGGUAUUCCAGAAGUCCUCGUUGAGCGCCGUCAUCAACGGCGCGGGAUGGCACAUCUGGAACACGGGCGACGAGCGGACCGGCCACGUCACCUUUGGCGAGUACGGGAACACGGGUACGGGAGCCUCUGGCACUAGGGCCAGCUUCGCGAAGAAGCUAAGCUCACCGGUGGCCAUUUCGACGAUCCUGGGCAGCAACUAUGCUUCCUUGGGAUUUUAUGAUGCGGAGUAUAUGUGA